AACAAAGUGUAUAGUAAGAUACGUGUGCGCGAGAUUUCGUUCUACAGUGAAUAACUGGUAAUCUUUUAAAGAGGAGGAAGCAAAGAAAAUCAUUAAAAGUAAAAAUAAAUGAAGCUAUAAACAAGUGAAAAACAGUUAUUCAUAUAAAAAAUUUGCGCAAAAAGUUUUUAAAUACUAACUAACUGCACGAAUUGCAGCCCGAAUCGUAUUGGUGAUCGUGUACUACUAGUAGCGGAUAUACAAGUGAAUACUAGUGGGGGAAAAAAGAGUGAAUAGAACAAAGAAUUGAUGCUGUAUUAGUGCAGAGUGGAGAGAGAUAAAGCCAACAAAAUGCAGGGGAUUUUUCUUGCCUUACUAAUUGGCUAUGCGGCGGCGCAAUCAUUUCAAACGCCUUACCAACAGCAGCAGCAGCAACAACAACAACUCUGGGCACAGACACAGCCCGCACAAAGACCUAUGCAAAAUACACCGCAAACUUCGCAGGGGCAGCUGCAGUCGCCCAACACACACACAAAUUAUGUGGAUCAGCAGCAGACGUACACCACUGCCAACACCGCUACCGGCUCAAUCCUUUCAUUGACGCAACAUCACAAUAUUCCAGCAAAAACAAAUGAGGUGCCACAGUCACUGCCGGGCACGAGUUACGCUGAACCUCCACAAUCAUCAUUUGUCAGCUUGCAGUUUCCGGCACAGCAAAAACAGGGUCAACCACUGCUACAGGCGCAGCCACAUCCCUUAGCCACACGGCCGCCGCACUCAGCAAAUAGGAAACCAAUUUGGCCCAAUAGCAGCCCAGGAAGCAGUGAUGGGCUCAAGGAUCGUUUUAAACCACAAGCCGCUGCCGCUGCCGCUGCAGCUGCAUCAAACUCUCAUAACGAUUUCAAUGCCGAUCUUUUCUACAUAAUUGCCGGCUCGCUGCCACAGCGCAACAUCGUUUAUUCGCCCAUUUCGCUGCAAUUAUUGUUGGCGUUCGUCUAUACCGGCGCCAGUGGCCAGACAGCGUUCCAAUUGCAACGCGCACUCUCACUACCCGCCACUAAACAAGAUACCGAAAAGCUUUUCUACAAUUUGUUGCAAACGCAAUUAAACGCCGGCAGCUCACAACUGGUAAUUGCAAAUAAAAUGUAUCACAGCCAACAAUUAAGGGUACAAGCGGAUAUGCUGCAACGCGCUCGUUACUUCGAGAGUGCCAUCGAAGCGACUGACUUUGGCUCGCCAUAUGCGGCGGCGGCGAAUAUCAAUGAUUGGGUGGCGAGAAAGACGCAAAAUAUUAUACAGCAACUGGUUACACCAAAUCAACUAGAUGCACAGACGCAGGCGAUACUUGUCAGCGCCAUACAUUUCAAGGCCAAGUGGGCGAAUGAGUUCUCCACUAUGGAUACGGAGCAACAGAAUUUCUAUGUUUCGCCACAGGUGACAGUGCCCGUCAAUAUGAUGUACAAUGAUGACAUCUACCGCUAUGGUGAAUUUCCCGAAUUGGAUGCAGCCGGUUUGGAAAUGAGGUAUGCAAAUUCAAAUAUUUCAAUGUUGGUUUUGCUACCGAAUCAGUUGAAUGGUUUGCCCGCGAUGGAACAACGAUUGCAGAAUGUCAAUUUGAAUAAGUUGACGUCGCGCAUGCAAAUGGAGACGGUGACAGUACGAAUACCAAGAUUCCGCGUGGAUUUCGAGUUGGACAUGCAAGGUCCAUUGAAAAAGCUCGGCAUUACAGAUCUUUUCACCGACCAGGCUGAAUUGAAAGGCUUUUUCCGCUCACAACCGGUUGGUGUGUCGCAAGUGCAACACAAAGCAUUCCUCGAUGUCAAUGAGGCAGGCUCCGAAGCGGCAGCAGCAUCAUUUAUCAAGCUAAUCCCGCUCUCGCUACCCAACAGAAUCAUUCAUUUCACGGCAGAUCAUCCGUUCAUGUUCGCCAUACGAAGCCCGCAGGCUGUAUUGUUCAUUGGACAUGUCGUUAAUAUACACCGCAUUUUUGUGCUCCAGACGAUAGCCGCCGAAGCGCCCGCACUCACAGCCAAGGUUGCCAGCGAUCGUUUUGCCUUAAAACUCUCCACCGCGCUUGGCGUACAGUUGCCGGCACAGAAUGUUGUCAUCUCGCCAGUAUUGGUGCAAGCCAUUUUGACGUUGCUCUCCUACGGCGCCAAUGAUGUAGAGGCUGCAACAUUGCGCGCUGCUUUGCACUUGCCACAAACGGAGACAAAACAAACUGCAACACUAAAUAUGUCACUCCUUUUAAGCUCAGUGAAAAGGCGUGCUCAACACAGCGCGCGCUUGCUGAGCGCCAUCUAUGUACAAGAGCAUGUGAUGUUCAAAUUUCAAGACGAGUUCCUGGAAAUGUCGAAACAUUUUGAAACGCCUGCUGAAAUGGUUAAUUUCAAUCGCAAAACCAUUGAUGAACUAAACUACCAAUUCUUGAGGCAAUCGAACUACAGUUGCGGUCAAGUGCUCAAUUCAAAAUUGGCCGAAUUGGACGAUCGUUUUGUCUUAGCGACGGCGGCAAUAUUUCAUGCGCCAUGGGCGGUGGGUUUCAAUGUAAAGGAAACAGAGAAAUUAAAUUUUUUCACUGAUCGCGUUAACCAUAAAUUAGUCGAUUUCAUGUUUGUGACACACAAAUUUCGUUACGCAGAAUUGGCACAUUUGGACGCCAAAUUGGUGGAGUUGCCAUAUGCGAAUGACACGCUUAAACUUUGGCUAUUGUUGCCCAACAAAGUGGAUGGUUUGUUGGAGCUUGAGGAGCGGCUGCAACAUGAGGAUCUUAUAAAGCUCAAUGAGCAGUUGAGCGAACACAAAAUGGCUUUAACUCUGCCGAAAUUCCGUGUUGAAUACAACGCUGACCUCAAGGAGGCGCUUAGUGCGUUGGGCCUCGCACGCAUCUUUAAUGGUGAAACGAAAUUCACGCAUAUGUUCUCCUCCUUUUUCAAUACGCGCUCCCCAGCUGUGUCGAAUAUGCCACAUAGGGCAGUUUGGUGGGUAGAUGAAACCGGCGGUGCAAUCGAUGGCGAGUUUUUUUUAACCGCAUUGGCCACGCUGGGCAGUUACCUGCCCGCCUCUGCUGCCACAGUAGGCAACCAAGGCGAAACAACUGAACGCAAUCUCUUCGCUGCCGACAUUUAUCAAAUCAUAGCUGUGGAUCAUUUGGGUGAGAAUGUUGUGAUCUCACCUGCAGCCAUACAGACGGCUAUGGCCUUGGCCUUUUACGGCGCCAAAGGUCGCACUGCAACUGAAAUUCAGGCGGGCAUACGUCUCGGCUCAGCUAAUUCCGAUGAAGUGGUGCGUCGUUUCAGCGCUUUUCAAAAUGCUUUCACGCGCAGCAACAAUUUACGUUUAUUCAAUAAAAUCUACAUAAACGAGAAUUUAGAGUUCAAAGCCAAUUUCAGAGAUAUUGCUCGACGCAGCUUCGACUCCGAUCUCGAAACGGCAGACUUUCAUCCACCCUACAACAAGCGUACCGCCGAUCGCAUUAACAAAGAGGUAGAACAAAAAACCCUAAAUAAAGUCACCAAUAUUCUGCAGCCGCAACAAUUGAACGAUCUGACUGAGGGUGUAAUGGUGAAUGGUAUAGCAUAUAGUGCACCUUGGUUGAACGCUUUCAAGGCGGGCAAGACUGAGCGACGCGAAUUCUCUUCUGGUGGUCGACGUUCGGUGAAUGUGGAUAUGAUGUGGACAGUGAAUAAUUUCCGCUAUGGCGAAGUAAAUGAGCUGGAUGCAAAGGUGAUCGAGCUGCCCUAUCAGAAUAUUGAAUAUUCAAUGCUUGUGCUGUUGCCGAACCAAAUGAAUGGUUUGUCUAGUCUGGUGCAGCGUUUGUUGGGCAAGAAUUUGGUUGGGCUCGUGGAUAGUCGUUUGAGCUCGCAAAAAGUUGAGGUACGACUGCCGAAAUUUGGUUUCGAAUUUGGUGUCAGUCUGGAACAGCCGUUCGCGAAGCUUGGCGUUUCGACUAUGUUUAGCCGACAAGGCGAUUUCGGUCAUAUGUAUCGCAUGUUCGUGAGUCAUUACAUCAAUAGCGCCAACCACAAGGCAUAUGUGGAGGUGACCGAAGAUGGUUCAGUACAGUCACUGGAAUCUGGAGGCCUGAAGAGCUUUUUGACAUUCUCGCGUCCGAAAUCGUUCGAAGUGGAUCAUCCAUUUGUGUUUGCUAUCAAACAUGAGGACUCGAUCAUAUUUAUAGGUCAUGUCACAUUCAACGUUUAAGACAGAUUGAAGUCGAAAAGCAAACAUUAAAGUUAAACUUUGAAAGGUUACAAUAAAGUAGGCAUUAAUAGAAUUUAAAAAAAAUUCCAAUAAAUCCAGUUAUCGCAUUUGGAAGUGAUUUACUUUCACUAUAA